AUGUCGGACCCAUCUAGCGUCAUUGCGAUCAGUAUCCAGCCUGCGGCUCCAGAGACUUGGGUCGAGUUUGGCAUCAUGCCACAAUUGGCAGAGGCGAUGAGUCGAGAGGACGAAUGGACUGGAACCAAAGAUGCCGCAGCACCGUUCCUGCCCACCGUCCUUCAACAGACGGUGCCGCAUGGCAACUAG